UCGAUCCCGAAACCAGGUCAGUCCGGUACCCUCGACAGCGCCCCAUCAGUUCAAUCUUUAGUGUAACAUGUGCACCGCCCUGACGCUCCGUGAGACACGCUUAUGACCCUCAACCAGCCCUUCAAUUGCAACCUACCCUGGUUCACAUUCAGCAUGGGAAAAUGUGCAAGGGAAACGAACUCGAAACCCAAGGUGCAGAUGGGCUUAUCAUCGAUAUAUAAACCACAGAGAGCGAUGGCUGGAGUGUCAACUCGAACACCUUCUUCAUUGGCGCCAUGUAUGAACAACCGUUUCUCACCUGUGCUACGCUCUUUGUCGUCGCUGUCAUUCUGGCCUUAGUGGCCAUGAAGCCUCGACGUUUACUGCGGCACAUACCAGGGCCACCUUCUUCUUCAUGGCUUUUCGGAAACUUGAUCGAGCUUCUUUUACCGCGUCAGUAUGGUGACAACGAAUUCAUGUGGCAAGACACCUACGGUCCUGUGUACCGCAUCAAAGGAUGCUUUGGAGAAGAUAGGCUUAUGGUCUCUGACCCAUGCACUUUGAAACACGUCCUCGAUGACACCACCUUUGCUCGAUCCCCUCAGCAGCAGCAGAUUGUGCGAAUGCUGAUCGGAGAGCAGUCACUUUUGUACGCCCAUGGUAGCGAUCAUCGACGCAUGCGAUCUGUUAUGACACCAGCAUUCUCUGCAUCACAUGUUCGCGCCCUGCCGCCUCUUUUCAGAAGAAUAGCGCACAAUGUGGUGCAACGUUGGCGCGUAGAAGGGGCUUCUGAGCCAUCUGGUGUUGUCACAGAUGUAUACCCGGCCAUUCACAACGCUACGCUAAACAAUAUAUGCGAAGGCAUAAUGGGCUUUCAAUUCAACGUUGAUCAAGACACUGGAAAGAGCGAACUAGGGCGUAGUAUCCAAAACAUUGUGGCGAUAUCAUCCACGAGGUCUAAGCUCAGUAUUCUAGCUGAAGGCGGUCUUCUCUAUGUCCAUCCGGUCCUUCUGAAGCUGGUCUUACACCUUCCCACGCGUGCUCUGCGUGCACUUCGUCGCAAUCGAGUGCUUGGAAACCGCGUAUCUGAACAGCUCAUCAAAGAAAAGCACGAAGCUAUUAAACUCGGUGUCGAAUCUGAGAAGGAUCUCUUAACUGCCCUUGUAAGCGCAAAUGCCGCCAAUAAAGACAAGCGUCGGCGUAUGUCCGAGCAAGAAAUGAUAGAACAGAUACCCACCAUCAUGAUAUCAGGACAAGACACGACUGGAAAUACGCUAUCGUGGUGCUUGUACCAAAUUGCUCAGAACCCCGAUUGGCAAGAGAGAAUUCGGCGUGAAGUUCUUACCAUGAAGGAAAAUCCUGACAGAGAGCUCACAUACUCCGAUCUUGAGAAGCUUACGCUGAUGAAUGCUUACAUCAAGGAAGUCUUGCGCUUUCACUCUGGUCUUCCAAUGUCUGAGCGUAUCGCCACUUGCGACACUGUUUUACCUCUUUCUCAGCCAAUCACUACCAUCAAGGGUGAAGUCAUAACUGAAAUACCUGUAAAAAAGGGCCAAUCUGUAAUUUCAGCCACUUCUUCUUACAAUCGCCUCAAAUCUAUUUGGGGAGAUGACGCGGAUGUAUUCAGGCCUGAACGAUGGCUGGAAGAACUACCCAAAGGGCAGGCCUUGGGGCCUUAUGCGAAUCUUAUGUCUUUCUUUGGCGGUCAACGGGCAUGUAUUGGUUGGCGCUUUGCGCUCACGAGUAUGCAAGUCCUUCUUGCCGAGUUCCUUUGCAACUUCACUUUUUCGUUCCCUCCCAACAGUGAGGUUCGGGCGGCUGUUGCGGUGACUCUUAUUCCCGUUACCAACGAGGGUGUUCCGGGUCUACCUAUUUGCGUCAAGUCUUUGUAGUGAUACGAUGCCAGAUCAUUCGGUAGCGAGGCUGAGGGCAGACUGACCUGCAACAGUUCUGUCAGACCUUUCUGGCCUGUCUCUCCUCAACCCCGAUCCGUGUACUAGAGUUUUACCGGUAUACAUGUACACAUAUUAUUAGAAACUUAAGGUAAUUUAUGAAGUCGCUGC